AUGGCCACGACAUGUUAUUACAAUCAUGCCGAAUACGGUUACGUGUACGACGGAAAUCUGAGCGAAACAGUGAAUGGGUUCACGUGUCAGCAGUGGUCUAAAGACACACCACAUCAGCGAUCCAUUUGGAUCAGAAAUCUGAAGAACAUCCCCGUUGACGCCAGCUGGGAGGAGGUUUCCAAUCACUGUCGGGGAGUGAAGGGGGAUCCCGCCUUUAUCUGGUGCUACACCACCGACCCACGUCACAAUUGGGAUCAAUGUGAUGUACAGCAAUGUCAAGUGCCAGAUUGUGGAGAAACAAUAGGGAAAGCAUAUUCCGCUUGGAGACCGGCUAAAAACACGCAUUACCCAGCGAAGUUUUCAUAUAAAUGUAUUGCUGGAUUCAAAUCCACUGGCAUAGUCUCUUCUGAGUGUCAGAAAAACGGAAGAUGGAGCACCAUCGACUUUUCGUGCACACGAUAUAAAUGCAAAUAUCCUCCACAUGUACCUGGUGCUAGACCACUGCUUGGCGCUACAGACCAUAAACAGUUUCCGUCUGUGAUCUACUACCGAUGUCUGCCAGGAUACCACGCUACGUCAAAGUUAUCAUGCGACUUAAACAAACAUUCAAUGGUCACGCUUGGUUUGCGGGAGGCUGCUCAGUGGAGGAACACUGUCUGA